CCAAUCAGACUACCGGCCGUUAUAGUUUAGACGCGCUACCUAUAAGUGGUCGGAAACAAGGGGUUUGUGUGGAUAAACACAGCAGAAUCAAACUACAUCUAAGGUUCCGAAAAAAAUUCUUCGAAAAUAAUCAUGAGAUGGAAAGCUAUGCUGCAAAACAAUCUUAUCCUUCUGUCCACUUUCCUAGGAAUUGCAGUAGGGAUCAUCCUGGGUGUUGUGCUAAAUUUCUUUACUGUCCCAGAACAUGUUUUAUUGUGGAUAGGUCUACCUGGGGAACUUUUUAUCAGAUCAUUAAAUUUUGCUGUUAUCCCUCUGAUAACCACGAAUAUAAUGUCAAUGUCGUCUAAGCUGAAGCCUUCAGUGCAAGGGAAAAUGGCGUUACUUGCUCUAGGAUACUGUGUUUUGAUGAAUAUUUGUGGGGCUUUUCUUGGUCUCGGUAUUACCGCACUUAUCGACCCAGGUGGUAGAUUCACUACAAGUGUUGAAAAGUCGAAUGGAUUGUCAAAAGUCUCCAGGAAAGUCGAAAUCUCGGACGUAUUUCUAGACUUCUUCAGAAAUAUGAUUCCUGAUAACAUUGUUAGGAUGUUUUUGUUUUCGAUCGUCACAACAUACGAGCCAGUUGAAUCUCUUCCUAACUCAAAUGGUAAUUCAUCUUCAACUAUAACAUACAAACGAGUAAUUGAGCAUGCGGCACAAACAAAUAUCCUAGGAUUGUUUACCACUAGCCUUGUUAUUGGUUUAGUUGCUGGGUCUCGAAGGGAAAAAUUGCGCCCACUAAUUGCAUUAUUUGAAUGCAUUUCCGAAGUAAUGACUAUUAUUAUUGAGUUUAUUAUCAAAUUGCUCCCAAUCGCCAUGAUUAGUUUAAUCGCAUAUGCAAUUGCACGAAUGGAAAGAAUCGGAGAUAAUUUUAUCGCUUUAAUUCUGUUCGUUGCAUCGUCAAUUACAUUUCUUUCAAUCAUUGUACUUGUGAUCAUGCCAGUAUUUUUCUUCAUAGCAGUAAGGCGAAAUUUAUUUCGCUUCUAUUACUAUUUAUCUGAGCCUGUAUUGACUGCUUUCAGUUCGACCAGUUCUUUAAUUGCUCUUCCACAACUUUUUCAAGUUUGUGAUCUUUAUGGAAUUGAGUCAGAUUUAGUACGAACUGUAGCACCAUUUCUCACAAGCUUCAAUGCGAAUGGAUCUGCUGCAUUUAUUGCAUCUGCUGUUUGCUUUGUAGCCCAAUUAACUAAACAACGUUUAAAUGCUGGUCAGUUUAUUGCAAUUGGAUUUUUAUCCGGUGUCAAUGUGAUGGCACUGCCUGCAAUUCCAAGUGCAAGUAUUAUAACUGUUAUUUUAAUAACACGCGCAUUUGACAUUUCUGAAUCUACCUCCGUAUCUUUACUUUUUGUUACUGAGUUUAUUGCUGAUCGAUUACGUACCGUUGUAAAUGUUAUGAGUCAUGGUACUUGUGUUCUAUUCAUUCAUAUGAAGUUACACAAGGUGAGUUCUACGUCGAAUAUUCAAAAUCAUUUGAUUCAAACCACAGAAGUUGUCAAGGAUUCAGCAUCAUCCAACAAUGUAUUAUAGCUGCUGUUAAACAAUUCAUUGGUUAAAGGAAAAUAGUGUUCGGUUGUUGUUGUUUUUCUUGCCUGUGUUUUAUUGUUUGUUUUUUCUGUUCACCAAAGUACACCCUUGUAUUAUUUUUGUUUUACCUAUUGGUCUUUUCACUGUGAUAACUAAUUUGUUUAAUUUAUGUUGAAUAAUACCUACCCUUUCGUAUUGAUAUGAUGUAAAGAAAAGUCAAUUUUUGAUUGUGUUACUCAUUAUGAGUUUUGUUCAAAAUUACUUCCGUUUUGAUUCAAUGUAAUGAUUACCCAAUGUAGUAUUUGUUUACUUUUCUCGUAUGAUAUUUUAUUCUGUAUACUAUACGAUAUUCUUGUAUUCCAUUGACAUGAACUAUACUCAGUCUGUGAUUUGUUAUAACUCGAAGUAUUUUUUAUAUAUGUGAUUUCCUCCCUAAUUAUUAAUCAAAAUGGGCGUGCAAUCAAUAUAUAAAUGAGUGUAUUUUUUUACUAGAAUGGUCGUCGUCGUCAGUGUUUUGGGGUUAGUAAAUCAUCACUUAUACCAGUCUUGUGUUCUUACUUUCGUGUUGUGGGAAUUGCAGAAGUCCAUCAUUCCGAGUAUAAGUGAUAAGUGUUUCCGACAUAACAAUCAACGACGACCAGAUACAAAAAUUAGCAUUAAAAGAGCCAAGACUAUAAGCAUUUAAACGACAAAUUAUAACAGUUAUGUUUACCAAAGAUGUAUUUUUAUUUCAAGUCUGUGAUAUUUUCAUCAAAAAGGACAAUUUUUCUAGAUCAUAUUAUACGAUGAAUAAAUUCGAAUAAAACUUGAUGAAACUUCGACUAGUUUUUACAGGGUACGAACUAACCAGUGACUUCAUUACAUAAACUUCUAGCCAGGUUUACUUUUCAUUUUAUUUACAGACUGUCAUAAAGUGUGUUAAAAGUCUACUUUUUUUGUUCUGCAUAUUUUUUGUCAUAUAUUUUCUUUAAUUUUCAAGAAUAAACAUACUUAGUUCAUUAUUCUAUUAUUUUUGUUUGAUAAAUACAUGUAUUUAUCGUUUUCAUAUGAUCAAAUGAUUUUUGUUGAAUGUAGAACAAAUCAUUAGAAUUCUUAACUUCAAUGUAACAUUAGUCUUAUUCAAUAAAAUAUAAACAUUUGUAAGCAGAGUAU